CACCACUAGCGAAGUCGCCGGUACAGAUACCCGUGCUAUUGCAUUUGCUUGAAUGCUGCUUCCGCUGACAAAACGAAAUGUAUCCUAUGGUGUAUCUUGAUCAAAGGUGCAAGUACGUAUCAGCCCGAUGCACCCUCUCGAUCUCCUUUUAUCUUACCGGAGUCGAAUACUGUGAGUAAAUUCACAAAGCACACAGUUUCCUGAAGACUUUUCUGGCGAAAAAUUAGCUAGGGUCUCUUGGUCGUGAUCUGUUGAGGACGGUCAUGUUCUCAUGCCGUGCAGGUAGAGGUAGCUGCCGAUUCUCCUCCGGUCCUUUAUGGCUUAUUCUGAAUUGUUUUACCUGUCGACAGGUCUCGAUCAGAUUGUCCUUGGUGUAUCAUCCAUGCCACCAUGCCUGCCAGCAUCAACUAUCAGAAUUAAUUAUUGGCAAGGAUCCCAAGCUCUGUAUUUAGCAAUAAUAAUUAAUAAAAGUGGUGACUGGUGUGCAUAAAAUUUUUAUAAAUAAGCUGACUGGUGAGUAGUACUAAAGAGUAAAGACACUUCUCGUUGCCGUGCUUCAUCUGCACACUGAAACAUGACGGCCACGCCAUGUUUCCCGAAGUUUCUCAAGGGCUGGUGAGAGCAAUUAUUGGUUUGGUACAAAGAUACACAUCUUGUGACCAUAGAAACUUUAACAGACCUGAGCUUGGGAGUGCUUCUCAUCAGAAGUAUGGGAUCGACGAACGGCAGAUCUUCUCAACAAAGCAGCGGCUUACCUUAGCAGGCUGGGCCACAGAAAUUAUCUGAAGACACACAGGCUACCUGCUGUGCAACAUAUCUGUCUCAGCUCUGACUUGAGGUGCAAUGGCCGAGGUUGUGAUUCUCUCGGCAGUGGCAAAGAUCGGUGUAGCUCUGGGGAAUGAAGCAAUGAACCAGGCUACUUUACAGUUCAAUAACUUUAUAAAACAGCUAACAGAGCUUCAAGGAAGCAUGGGUCGCAUCAGAAGGGAGCUCAGAUUGAUGCAUGAAUAUCUUUGCCGAAUGGACAUACGGAAUCGCAACAAUCAGACAUAUGAAAUCUGGGUGGAGGAGGUGAGAAUCUUUGUUCAUGGGAUUGAGGACAUUGUGGAUGAGUAUUUGCAUCUUGUUGGUCAGAAACAUGACAGUGGAUGGAGUGCCUGUCUGAAGAAAGGAUUCAAACAACCAAAUGUUUUCUUCUCUUUAAACAGGAUAGCUUCUUUGGUUAAGGAAGCGGAGGUCAAUCUUGUGCACCUGUUCCAGGCUAAAGAUCGAUGGGUGUCAAUGGUAGAUAGUGGGUAUAUGAAUGACUCGAGUUACAUUGUUGAGAGGUCUCAGCAUCUAGCAAGCACUUCACGUUCCCUUGCCGAAGAAGAUCUCGUGGAGGUUGAUGGAAACAGAAAAAAGCUUGAGCAGUGGUUGGCAGGUGAUGAGUUGGAACGCUCUGUGAUAGUGCUGCAUGGUAUGGGAGGGCUUGGUAAAACAACUUUGGCUGCAAAUGUCUACAGGAAGGAAAGUGAAAAUUUUGAUUGCCACUGUUGGGUCUCUGUCUCUCAAACUUAUUCCAGAGAAGAUGUUUUGAAAAAAUUAAUCAAGGAGCUUUUCAAAGAUAAAGCCAUUGUUCCAUCUAAUAUUGAGACCAUGGACAUCAUAAGCCUUGAAGAGGCACUGAAGAAUUUUUUAGAGCAGCGUAAGUAUUUGAUCAUGCUGGAUGAUGUUUGGACUCCUGAAGCAUUCCAUGAUCUUUCUGGGGUGGUUAUUCGUAACAAGAAGGGCAGCAGAGUUGUGAUCACAAGCAGGGAAGGCAAUGUUGCUCGACUUGCUUCUCAAGGACAGGUCUUAACACUAAAACCUCUAUCAAAGGAUGGAUCAUGGGAACUCUUCUGUAAGACAGCUUUUCCCAGAGAUACAAAAUAUGAGUGUCCCACAGAACUGACAGAAUUAGCACAUGAAGUGGUUGACAAGUGUAAAGGCAUACCCCUCGCAAUUGUCUCUAUUGGCAAGCUCCUCUUUGUACGUGACAAGACCAAAGAGGAACUGAAGCGAAUACAUGACCAGCUCGACUGGGAGCUAAUUAACAAUCCAAGCUUGGAACAUGUCAGGAAUAUCCUUUAUUUGAGUUACUUGUACCUCCCGACAUACUUGAAAAGUUGUUUCCUAUACUGCAGCUUGUUCCCAGAGGACUAUCUUUUCAAAAGGAAAAAGCUGAUACGGUUGUGGGUAGCAGAGGGCUUCGUCAAGGGAAGGGGUGAAAGCACAAUGGAGGAAGUGGCUGAAGGUUAUCUAGAAGAGUUGGUUCACAGAAAUAUGCUUCAAGUUGAUACAAGAAACCCAUUUGGUAGGAUAAAAUCAUUCCGGAUGCAUGAUAUUGUACGUGAGUUGGCAGUAGAUUUGUGUCGCCGGGAAUGCUUUGGUGUUGUUUAUGAGGAGGAUGAACACAUGGAAUCUCUUGAUGAGACGGAUGCACGUCGGCUGGUAAUACACAAAAUGAAGAAGGAUAUUUAUCAGUCAGUAUCGGGUGUACACCGUCUCCGCUCUGUUAUCGCAUUGGACAUCAAUAUUCCAUCAUCCACUCUACUGCCUCUAAUAGCAAAGAAGUCCAGAUAUAUGUCGGUGCUGGAGUUAAGUGGCCUACCCAUUGGGAAGGUUCCAGAUGGUAUUGGAGAUCUUUUCAAUCUCCGCUAUCUGGGUCUGCGUGGUUCAAAAGUGAAGCUCCUUCCCAGGUCUCUUGAGAAACUCUCAAGUUUGUUGACACUGGACCUUUCAGGGUCUGGCAUGAAGGAGCUGCCUAGAGGCAUUGGUAAACUAAAAAAGCUUAGGCAGUUAUUCACUGACAAAGCUAGUGAUCGAUUCAGGAGAGAUUUCCGGUGCGGCAGUGGUGUAUGCAUCCCCAAGGGCCUUGAGAACCUGACAAGUCUGCAGACACUAGUAUCACUGGAAGCGCAGGAUGAGUCCGUUAGACAGUUGGGGGAGCUGAGGCAACUGAGAAGCUUGGAGAUAUGGAAUGUGAAAGGAACCUACUGCGGACAUAUAUGUGCUUCUCUAGCCGAGAUGCGACACCUUUCUUACCUACAUGUGAAUGCAAGCCAAGACAAUGAGGUUCUCCGGUUGAAUGGUCUACCCCCAAACCUGCAAAGGCUUAGCUUGACUGGCCGAUUAGCGGAAUGCACAUUGGGAGAGUCUCCUCUCUUCCAAACUGCGGGGCGGAACCUGUAUUCACUGUCUCUAUCUUGGUCCCAGAUGAUAGAAGACCCCUUACCAUCUCUUUCUCGACUGUCAAAUUUGACAGACCUGAUGCUCACCAGGGCAUACAGCGGAAAGCAGAUGACAUUUCUUGCCGAGUGGUUCCCCAAGCUAAAAACCCUGAGACUGAGAGACCUGCCAAAUCUGGAGGUUCUAGAGAUGAAGGAGGGUGCCGUGGUGAGCCUGGAAAUAUUGACACUAGUCAACCUUGAAGGCAUGGUGGAGGUCCCACCUGGCAUAGAGUUUCUCACGCACGUAAAGCAUAUUUCGUUCCGGGAAAUCACCAGUGAGUUUUUGACUUCGCUGCGACAAUGUCCUAGAACUCAAGGGGUGCAGUGGCGGCAUACUCUUCGGUGACAUUGACCCUGUUGGUCUCGAAAUUAGUAUUUAGGCCGCGCUUGGAUGCGGUGUAUUCUAAUAUGGAUGUAUUUAUUCUACACGUGUGUCUUACCAGCCAUGAACAGAUUUUCAGCUGGAAACAAAACGACGAGCAGAGACCUGUGUCUUUUACAAGGGUAUUUGAGACAGAAACGGUAAUCCAAACAAGGCCUAAGCCACUCAACUACAGACCACUGUUCCACUACCAGUUUCCUCGUGUAACUUCACCUUCAUGUCUGUAUUGGUUUGGUUGUUAUUCUGAAGCAUGGUAUUCCAAAUACUGUACCAGAAUGAAAUAUGCUUGUCGUUA